GAGAAAGGAGUGGCUGGAGAACUACGACUCCCAGCGGCGCCCCGCGGUGCCAGCCUGAGGGCGGCCUCAAAAGAGCAAAGGCCGGCGGCGGUGGAAGAGGCAGAUGUUGGGAGCGGAGGCGGCGGCUGAGGUACAACUCUGUGUGACUUUAAACUCUGCAGAAACUUGAAGAAGGAAUGGCAGAGAAAGUGAACAAUUUCCCACCGCUUCCAAAGUUCAUCCCGUUAAAACCGUGUUUCUACCAGAACUUUGCCGAUGAGAUCCCCAUCGAUCACCAGAAUCUGGUCAAACGGAUCUAUCACUUGUGGAUGUUUUACUGCAUCACUUUAGGAGUGAACCUCAUCGCUUGCCUGGCCUGGUGGAUUGGGGGCGGUUCUGGUGUCAACUUCGGCUUGGCCAUCCUCUGGAUCAUCCUCUUCAGCCCCUGCAGUUAUGUCUGCUGGUUCCGGCCGGUCUACAAAGCAUUUCGGUCAGACAGCUCUUUUAACUUCAUGGUCUUUUUCUUCGUCUUCUCUGCUCAGUUUGUUCUGGCUGUCAUCCAAGCGAUUGGCAUCAGCGGCUGGGGAGCAUGUGGGUGGCUGGCUGCCGUGACAUUCUUCAGCACCAACGUUGGGGCUGCCGUGAUCAUGCUGUUCCCUGCCAUCAUGUUCACCAUGUCAGCUCUGGCGAUGUUCGUUUGUCUCCUCCGAGUCCACCGGCUUUACCGUGGCGGAGGCGGAAGCUUUCAGAAAGCUCAGACUGAGUGGCAGAGCGGCUUGUGGAAGAACCCUCCGACCCGGGAGGCUCAGUUCAAUAACUUCUCGGGAAACAGCCUCCCCGAGUACCCCACCGUCCCCAACUACCCAGGCGGAAACCGAUGGCCUUGAUCUCCCUCCUCGGACUGACUGCCCAGAUGGGUUCUUUUGGGUUGUUUUGGGAGGAGGGGAGGGGGAUGUCUCAUUUCUCGUUCCUUACUGGUUCAUUUUGGGGUGGGCAUGCAAGAGGAUUGAUGUACAUUUUCCCGUGUGCCUUCUCCCUCGUUGCCAAUCCUUGUUUUGUUUUGUUUAAAUCUGUUCUCCCCUCUUGAUGAUCACAGAUGAUGUGAAAUCCUCUAGUCUUGUCCAUCGAGACAGCAGGGGACAUUGCGGUUGCCAAUAGCUUCCUUCUUCUGCGUGGAGGGAUUGUGGGGGAUGUCUUCCCCUUUAUUUGUCGGGGCCUCUGCCCCACUUCUUCUCCCUUUUGCCACUAGAUGCACAAGAAGGGAGAGUUUUUGUACCUUCCUUGGUUGAUCUAGUAGGUUUGUCUAGAACAGCACUUCACUGCCAUAUGUGUCUGUAGGGUUUUUGGGGGAUAACCCUUUACAUUCACCUACUACUUUUGUUCAUAUGUGCUCGUUCUGGAACAUCAUAGGAUCUUCAGAUUGUUGCAAGUAGAGGCAGAAAGUGACCAACACGUGCUGUUCCUGAGCCCCAUGACUUUAGACUGCGAUUGAAGCCCAGGGUUUACCCUUUGUUACGGGAGAAAUCACUUUGUUCCCCCAUAACAAAGUGCCUUGAAGUUAGUGUGUCAGGUUAACGGGUUCAAACUUAGCCUGAUCUCUGAGAUGGGUCACUUUCCGGGUCCCAAGAAUGCGUUGCAAGGAGAAACUAUCCAAUAUAUUGCUCCAUCCCAAAAGCAAAAUGAGAGCUGUUUCCUGAAAGUGUGGGUCUGUUGAGGAAGUAGUUCUUUGUUUCAAGUGCAUAUUUUGGGGUUUUCCUGAGACCUGCUAGGAAAAGCGAAAUGUUGGAAAUUCCCACAGUCUGUUUUAGAAAGCCUCCGCUAGGUCUGUGCCUAUCUGUCUUUAAAACGUACCCAAAGACCUUUUCUUUUGUGUAUUUUUAAGGGAGUUUUUUUUUUUUCCUUUCCGGUACUGGACUUUUGAAGUCAUUUCAUCUCAGUGGGAUUGUGUAGAAUCCCAACACUGUGAGGCUGGAUUUGGUCCUACCAUCUCCUCUUGUGUGUCGCUUUCUCUGGGGGCACAUGAUAAGAGGGAUUGAAGUUUACUACAAAUAAGGAUACUUGGGGUGGGAGGGUUCCCCCCCCCCUUGACUUAAGCAGUGCUAAACUGGAACCAUCUCUCCAAAUCUCUCUGCUCAAACAUCAUGGUAAUUGUGAUCUCCAUUCCCCACACUUGUGGGGUGACACUUCCAAAGCAGUGGGGAGGGGACAGGUGAGACUUUCAUUUUCCCAAUGCCAGUUUUAAUCUCCCUUUCUUUCCCACCUGCCCCAGGUGUGAGCUUACUUCUUCUUUCCAUUUGGCUUGUAGCAGAAAAAGAAACCUUACCAGAAAUAUGGCCCGCACCUCGAGGUUUCCUGAUCUGGAAGUUCUUCACUGCGUUCGUAAGGCCCAAAGUUUUUUUCCUGGUGAAGUCGGAGUGAGCGGUUGAGGUUUUUAACCACAGUUUACUGUUCAAUUGUGGGGUCUUUCGGACAGCCCCCCGCCCUCCAUACAACAGUGUCCUAUAACACCAUUUGCUUUCCCCCCUUAUUCUGAUUCAUGCUCCCUUGAGGAGCAAAAAUCCCAUCGUCUUUUGGGGAAUGUAUUACUUGCAGGAAACAUUCUCUCUUUCUGUCUGUUUUUGGAGGUUCCCAGAGUUUGAUUUGGGAGGAAAACCAAUAAUGUGACGAAAAGGGUGGGUAAAAGAAUAUAUGUAUGGAAUGAACAGUCAUAAUGAUCUGUGCCUUAAUGGAUUGUCAAUCUCUCCCCGCUGUACUUAGUCCCUGUGGGUUGCUACACACAAACACACACAAACACAUUCCUUUCCCAUAUUUUUGUUUACAAUGAAGGGGUUUCUCCUAUUACCUAUUUAGAGACCAACAUCUUGUAAAUAUAAAGUGCAAUUCGGCACCUCUCUUUCUUUUUUUCUCGGGAACUUCAUUUACUGCGUUAACAGAUGAGCCAGAAAGGAAGGAAAAAAGCUCUUUUAACAUCCUACAAGUUGUAACUUUCUUUAAAUGUCCUUUUCAGAAAAGAUUCAUAGGAUUGGGACUUUUCUUUCUCCCUUUCUCCUACGUCAUAAAUCCAGUCAGUUUACCAGCUUCCUGAGAUCUCUCUCAACAAGACCCAGACAGAAAUGUUUUUGUAAUGUUCACUCUUACACCUAGAGAACCGUUCUGAAACCACCUGGUGAGAUUCGGUACCAUUGCAUCCCUCAUUUGCUUUGGCACCAUUGCCUUUUUGCCAUAAAUUGAGGAGCCCCCCCCCCCAUUUCCCACUAGUUCUUUAAAAACUAAGCUAUAGGCAGAUUUUGAGGUGUCCAAAUAUCCCUCGAACUGCUUUCCAACAACGUAGGGUUGGAACAUCACUUACUCUUUUUUGGCGAGCUGGUCAGCAACUAGGCAGCCGGGGCAUUCUUUGGUCUAUAGGUGGAAACUCUGGUUUGUUGGGGAAAUAUUUCAGUGGCAGAGAGAGGGACGAGAAAGACCCCUUUCCACCAGUUUCCUUAGGGUUUCCCCUUCCCCAUUUGUGACCAAAUUGUCUAGGGGCAGCAAAUCCGUUGUUUGUUUCCUCCCAGGGUUGGAAGGAACCGUUCACGGUGCCGAAACCCUGUUUGUAAUACAGUUCCAGUCUUUUGGGUGGAACUGCUUUAAAACCCAAGAUAAAACUGAUAGCGGAUCCACUGUUUCCUUGACGCAGAAGCCAAUUUUAGCGCCAAGAUACAUAAAACACACUCACUGCUAGAAGCCUCUGCCAAUUUUUGUUCACCUCGGACAUUUUGGCGACCAAGAAGGGGGACACUUAACAGGUUUUAUUUCAUUUUAGGAAGGAGCCGAGGGAAGGGAGGGUUCUCAAUUUCGCCCGUUGCCAAACUCCUUGUGUCAAGCCAACUCCCGAGGUUUCCUAACAAACACUAAAAGAGCACUUUCUGGUUCGAUUUGGGGCAUAGAUAGAAGGGGACAGGGAUCAUUUUUGGAUAAUUCAGCAGCAGCCCCCAAGAGAGAAGCAAGGCAUAAGGUUGGUCUGAGCCUCCAUAAAACCAAAUUAUUGGAAUAGGUGAAUAUAAUAAGUGAAAGGGCUUGGUAGAAGUUUAGGAAGGGAUUCCUUAUUUCUGUGCCAUGGUUGCGUUGUCCAAAAACUCCUUAAGUCUUUUGCCGCAAGUCUUUUUUAGGAGCUCUUAGGAAAAAACGACAACCACAGCAACCCAGCCAUCCCUCUGUGUAACGCCUGGAAGCCUUCCUCCGGCGUACGGUACUCUUCCACCAUUUGUCUUAAUGUAAUAUACGUAUACUGACGCAAUGUUUACACACUAAGGUUUCCCCAGGGAACUAGUAGUAACUAACAUUACUGCUAACACUACUACUGCUCUGGGCCAACGUUUUAUUCUGCAUCAUGUUGUGGAUUUCCUCUCUCUCUCUCUCUCUCUCUCUUUCUCAUUGCAGUGUGAUUUUGUUCUGCAUUUUUUUUGUUUGUUGGUUUGUUUAAAAUAAAUCAGGUCUGCGUACUGGAAAAGA